CCGCGGCCUGCAGGAACUUGUAAUUCUCUUUGAAGAUCUCCGCUCUCUUUCUGUCUACAAGGCAGGAAAUGUUGAGAUAAGAGUCUGAACUUCCGAUAAAGGAGGAGAGGUUUCGGAGAAUAGGCUAGCGACGUCUGCAAGGAGCGCGGCCGCUAGAUCCAGACUAAAGAUCCCGGAGCCAGCGUGGACCAAUCAGACUUCUGGGGGCGGGCCCUCUGCGGGAAAGUGGGCGUGGCCUAGGAGGGAAAUCACUAGAAACUCGCCGGAGGUCCUUGCCCGGGAAAACGCCCUCUGCAGUAAAGGAGAGACCACACAGCCAUGCCACGCUCCGGGCCCCGCGGAACCCUCUUCCUCCUCCUGCCCCCGCUGCUGCUGCUGCGUGCCGUGCUCGCCGUGCCCCUGGAACGGGGGGCACCCAGUAAGGAGGAGAACCCCGCGACCGAGAGCCCGGACACAGGCCUGUACUACCACCGCUACCUCCAGGAAGUCAUCAACGUUUUGGAGACUGAUGGGCACUUCCGAGAGAAGCUGCAGGCUGCCAAUGCGGAGGACAUCAAGAGCGGGAAGCUAAGCCGAGAGCUGGACUUCGUCAGCCACCAUGUGCGCACAAAGCUGGACGAGCUGAAGCGGCAGGAGGUGUCGCGGCUGCGAAUGCUGCUCAAGGCCAAGAUGGAUGCUGAGCAGGAGCCCAACGUGCAGGUGGAUCACCUGAAUCUCCUGAAGCAAUUUGAACACUUGGACCCCCAGAACCAGCACACGUUCGAGGCCCGUGACCUGGAGCUGCUGAUCCAGACGGCCACCCGGGACCUGGCACAGUACGACGCUGCCCAUCACGAGGAGUUCAAACGCUAUGAGAUGCUCAAAGAGCACGAGAGACGCCGUUACCUGGAGUCACUGGGAGAGGAGCAGCGCAAGGAGGCCGAGAGGAAGCUGGAGGAGCAACAGCGCCGGCACCGGGAGCACCCCAAAGUCAAUGUGCCUGGCAGCCAAGCCCAGUUGAAGGAAGUGUGGGAGGAGCUGGACGGAUUGGACCCCAACAGGUUUAAUCCCAAGACUUUCUUCAUAUUGCAUGAUAUCAACAGCGAUGGUGUCCUGGAUGAGCAGGAGCUAGAGGCCCUCUUCACUAAGGAGCUGGAGAAGGUGUAUGACCCAAAGAAUGAGGAGGAUGACAUGCGGGAAAUGGAGGAGGAGCGGCUGCGCAUGCGGGAACAUGUGAUGAAGAAUGUGGACACCAACCAGGACCGCCUUGUGACCCUGGAGGAGUUCCUUGCUUCCACACAGAGGAAGGAGUUUGGGGACACUGGAGAGGGAUGGGAGACGGUGGAGAUGCACCCGGCCUACACAGAGGAGGAGCUGAGGCGCUUCGAGGAGGAGCUGGCUGCCCGUGAGGCAGAGCUGAACGCCAAGGCCCAGCGCCUCAGCCAGGAGACAGAGGCCCUGGGGCGGUCCCAGGACCGCCUGGAGGCCCAGAAGAGAGAGCUGCAGCAGGCUGUUCUGCACAUGGAGCAGAGGAAGCAGCAGCAGCAGCAGCAGCAGGACCAUAACGCCCUGCCCUCCAACCCUGAGGGGCAGCUCAAGUUCCACCCUGACACAGACGUUCCUGUCCCAGCCCCCGCAGGUGACCAAAGGGAUGUGGAUGCUGGGGAACAGAAGGUCCCUGAACAGGCCCCCGCAGUGGCCCAGGUGGAUGCCCAGCACCUAUGAUCCCUCAGGGCCAUCAGCCUGAAGUUCCCACCACCAAUACAGCUGACAGGACCAGAUGUAGUAUCACAGCAGGCUUCUCUUGUGGACCAGCCUCACCUGUGCACCACCCGAGGAGGGGACAGGUGGCUUUUUAGUCACUGCUGCUCAGGCCCUGCUGGUCUCAGCUUUCUUGUCCUCGGAGUCUGCCGUGCUUUCCCUCUGUCCCCCUUCAAGGGGCCUGCCUUCUUUCAAAUCCAGUGUAGGGCUCACAGGUGUAGCUGAAUUUAGGGAUCCCCCUCUUUCACCCAGCAGCCCUGGCUUGCCUCAGCUUCCCUGGGUUUGGGCCCACAGCAGGGCAUCCUGUGCCCACUGCUGCUGGCACUCUGCCAGCUGCCUUGGACCCAGCUUCUCUUGGUUCACAUCCUUGCUGGGCCCAGCAAUGCCUGUGUCCUGUCCCUGGCUGCUAAGGGCACCAGGGUCCUUAGCAUGACUGCUCCAGGGGCCUGCUCUCCCUAGGCCCCUGGCUUCUAGUCACCUCAUUGCCAGCUUUGUUCCUAACCUCCUGGCCCUGCCCACAUCCCUGGAAGGCACCCAGACUUGGCUCUACCCCUAUGCUAGGUCCUGGUCCCAGCCCUUCAGCCUCAUGUGGGAGGCCCUAAAGUCAGCCCUGCCCAGCUGUGCUGCAUCUCAAUUGCUGUUUCCUGCUCUAUGCUCCAGUUCCAUCCGAAUACAG